AUGGCUGAAGCACUCGUUUCCGUGGUCCUAGAACAGUUGGUUUCCCUCACUCGUAAACAGAUAGAAGAAGAGGUGAGGCUGGUCGUGCAUGUUGACAGAGAAGUUGAAAAUCUCAUCUUCCAUUUCAAUGCUAUUCAAGCUGUGCUCCAGGAUGCAGAGGAGAGGCAGGUGAAGGAGAAGAGCGUCAGAACCUGGCUGCAGAAUCUGGAGGAUGUGUCGUACGACAUAAACGACGUGUUGGAUGAGUGGAACACUGAAAUUCUCAAGCACCAAAUUGAGAAAGAAGAAGAGAAAGAAGGUAAAAAUGUUGCCCUUACAAAAAGAAAGGUAUGCUUCUUCAUUCCUUCCCCCAGCGUUUGUUUUGGUUCAAUUGGUAAGGUAAUUAUGCGUCGUGACAUUGCUAUGAGAAUAAGGGAAAUUAAUGAAAAGUUAACUGAGAUAGCCAUUUUAAAAAAAAAUUAUAACUUUCAUGAGAACACAAUUAGAGCCACUGAGAAACUUGAACAUGUUGAAACUUGUUCUUUUGUCCAAGUGUCUAGUAUAAUUGGUCGUGAAGAGGAGAAAAAUAGAUUAAUGAGCAUGUUGUUAAGUGAGAGUAGUCAACAAGGGAAGAGCCCAUUUGUUGUGAUCCCCAUUGUGGGGAUGGGAGGAUUAGGAAAAACUGCCUUUGCCCAGUUAGUCUAUAAUGAUGAAAAUAUAAAAACUCAUUUUGACGCUAGAAUAUGGGUUUGUGUAUCAGACCCUUUUGAAGAGAUCAAGAUUGCCAAUGACAUUGCUAAAGCUCUAAAUAAAGAUGAUAAUCGAAUUAAUUCAACUAGUUUGCAACCUUUGUUGGAAUGUAUAAAUGAAUAUAUUAGUGGUAAAAAGUUUUUCCUUGUUCUAGAUGAUGUGUGGAAUCCAACCAUUAGUAAUUGGGAACCAUUAAUGGGAGCUUUACAAAACAGUGCUAUAGGCAGUAGAGUAUUGGUGACCACGCGAAAAGAGACGGUUGCUACUGUGAUGGGAGCAACCGUUGAUCACGUAAUCCAUUUGAACAUCUUGAGUGAUCAAGGUUGUUUGCAAUUAUUCAAUAAAAUUGCAUUCUUUAAUAGAGAAAGAGAUGAUCAGCUUGAAGAUAUUGGGAGAAAAAUUGUAAAAAAGUGCAAUGGUUUGCCUCUUGCUGCAAAGACCUUAGCUAGUCUCAUGCGAUAUAAGAAAACCAGAAAAGAAUGGGUAGAUGUUUUGGAUAAUAAGAUAUGGGAGUUAGAAGAAGUUGAACAACAGGUUUUUCGAUCACUAUUCCUAAGUUAUUAUGAGUUGAGUCCAGCAGUUAGACGUUGUCUUUUAUACUGUGCUGUUUUUCCAAAAGAUUAUGAAUUUGAAAGAAAUCAGUUGAUUGAGUGUUGGAUGUCACAAGAAUAUCUUAAUAUGAAAGGUGAUAAGGAAAAAGAAAGAAUCAUAGGCCAAAAUUACUUUGAUAACUUAGUGAUGCGUUCUUUUUUCCAAGAUUUUGUUAAAGAUGAUAACGAUGAUGAUAUUAUAGGCUGCAAAAUGCAUGAUAUUGUGCAUGACUUUGUACAGUUUCUCACCAAAAAUGAAUGUUUUAUUAUGGAGGUGGCGGAAAGUUGCAAAGAGAAAAACAUGAUAGUCAAUAAUAAGGUUCGUCAUUUGAACAUAAUGUCAACAUACAAUGAUUCGUUUCCUGUUUCAAUCUACAACUGCAAAGGAUUACGGACUUUGGUAAUUUCUACUUUGAAAAUUCUUCCUUUACCCUCGGACUCAUUUUCAAAAUUGAAAAGCAUUAGAACAUUAAAGUUGAAUGAAAACUCAAUCGAAGAAGUUCCCGAAAGUAUUGGUGGACUAGUACAUAUGCGGUAUCUCGAUUUAAGUCAAAAUGAGGAAUUGGAAGAAUUACCCAAUUCUGUGGGUAAUUUAUUCAAUCUGGAAACAUUGCGUCUAAUUUUGUGCUGUGGACUCGUAGAACUACCGGUGAGUUUAAGAAAGUUGGUUAACUUAAAGCAUCUUUAUAUUUCGGGGUGCAUGGAUCUAAAAGUACCAAAAGAGAUUGGAAGAUUAAGAAAUCUGCAAAUCUUAGAUAGCUUGUAUCUUCGAGGGGAUGAUGAAGGAAGUUUGAAAUUAGGGGAUUUGGGAAACUUGGAGCUUCAAGGGAGCCUUUGCAUAGAAAACUUGAAGUAUGCGAAAGAUGGGAGAGAGGCUAAAAAUGCAGAGUUGGGGAACAAGAAGAACCUGCUUCAUUUGAGUCUACAUUUUCAGGACUCUCUUGUUCGAAGUGGAAUUGUAGCUUCGGAGAAGGAUGGAGAAAUACUGAAUGCCUUUCAAGUGCAUACAAAUCUGGAGUCGUUGGAUAUCAUUGAAUACCACAGUACCACCCUGUGUCCCAGUUGGAUGAUGAACUGUCAUAAUCUGAAAAGGCUUACAUUCGAAAAUGUUCCAUUUUGUGGGGGUUUGGCUCCUUUGGGGAAACUCCAGUCCCUUGAAGAUUUAGAGAUAAUUUGGAUGAAGAGUGUGAAAAAGGUGGGAGUUGAAUUUUUGGGAAUAACAGGGGAAACACCACAAACAUUAAUAAAGUCGUUUCCGAAAUUGAAACAACUCCUACUUGAACACAUGUUGGAGUGGGAAGAAUGGGAAGGAGUAGAAGAAGAGGAUUCUAAAAUUACAAUAAUGCCAUCUCUUUUAUACUUGGAAUUCAAGAAUUGCAAUAAGCUGAAAGCACUGCCGAACUUCCUAUGGAAGACCCCGCUGCUGGAAUUGAGCAUCUCUUGUUGUUCGAUUCUUGAACAAGGGUUCGAGACGGAGUGGGUGAAAAAGGCGUCUCAAGUCCAAAACAUCGAUAUUGGUGGCAGGUUUGUGAAAAAGGACGGAGGAGUUUCAAUGGAGGAGGACGGAGGAGUUUCAACGGAGGAGGAGGAUUGA